UGUUUUGAUAUUUAAUUUUUGUAGAUGCUCGGUAAGGGUCCAUUUAAGGAUUUUUUGUCUUUGUAAACAAAGGGUAUUUUUAUUAUUCGUCUGUAAACUCCGGGAAUGUUAUAUUUGGACAACAAUUUACCAUUAGCUAGCAUGUAACAUUAGCUUUUUGUCAUUGGUGUCUGUGGAUCUGCUUGCUGGCGUCAUAAGCGCACACAUACUGUCGCCGUAGUGGAACAGUUUGUUAGAAUGGAUAUUUUAGGAGACGAUGAAGCACUUGAGCUGAAAUACAAACGUGGCGGCCGCUUGGACAUGAGCCACGGCUUCCUGCACCAUAUCCGGAGGAACCAAAUUGCUAGAGAUGACUACGAUAAAGAGGUGAAGCAAGCCAAAGACGUAAAACAAGCUAAAGAGCUUCAGCGGCGGAGGAACACCACGACCCCUAGACGACCCCGGCGGCCUGACAUCCAAGUGUACCAUCCUCGAUGCAGACAUGGAUCAGAGCCAGGAGCCGGUGCUGAGGCUGAAGAGUCUAAUGAGAGUGGGUCAAGCACAGAGGCAGAGACCCACGGUGCUGAACUCUUCUGGCUCGACUACCAGGCGGACUCCGGUGCAAUUACCUCUUUCCUGGUGCACAAGGAGGAUAACCCUGAGAAGGUGGUGGAUCGUGUCGCAGAGAAGAACAUCCUGGAUUCAGCCAUGAAGGCAGCUCUAGAAGCUCGAAUUCGGAAGGAAAUUGACAAAAGAGGGGACAGACGUUGAGCGAUGUUCUCAAGCAGUUGACUAUGAUGACAGGGACAAUUGGCAAAGAGGCGCAAUACUUUAUUUGCAGUUCUGCACUACGCGGCAUUAACGCUGUUGUCAGUAUUGGGGAGACAAUGAGGAUUUUAGGAUCAGGUACAGUGACUAUCAGCAGAGAUCCAACUUUAUGACCCCUAAUUAAUCUGUCUUUUAUUUUUUUAAGGGAGAAGGAAUGGCACUUAUGAAAGAAAGUCGGGAGUUAACUGUAUUUACAUUUUUCAAACCAUGUUUUUCUUACCUCACACCCUCAUUCAUAGGUUUAAGGACACAUUUUUUACACCUUCGAGUCAAUUGGACUUUCUUGCUUUCUAACAGUUAAAUUGAUAAAAAUGAGUAUGUACUCUUUGACAGAGAGCACUGUUAACCUCUCCUCUCUGUUAAACACCUCCUGUGUUUCUUGUGUUUACAAAGACCUUGUUUUUAUAAAGAGAUUAAUACUUUUUUUAGCUAUAAUGCUGUGAACGGAACAUCAGUCUCAGUGAUUCAAUGUUUAGAAAUAUGAAAUACAGUUUUGUUUCCAGUGUGGCCGUAGCCACGAUGAUGUGUUCAUUUGUUUCAGUGUUUGAAGUAUUCUAAUUUAUUUUAGAUUUUUGAAAUACUUUUAUUUUUGAUACUAAAUAUAUUUUUGAGAACAUGAUUCUUUAUGUAAAAAAUGAAUGUUAAGUAUAUGUAUAUAAAAUACAUAUAUUACUGUCCAA